CGUCAGGAACUGCUCGGUGAAUCUUCACCAUGAAUUCCUUCGUCCUCUUCUCGUUCCUAUUAACUGGAGUUUUGUGCCAAGAUCUGGACGAGUCCUCGGAACUCGACGACGUCGUCUUCGUCUUCCCAGCGGGCCUCGGAGUGUGCAAUGCAACCCAAGUGGCCGCUACAAUCACUCGGCAAUACACAGGUCCUCCUCAUAAUCGUCGAAUUCACCAGGAGACCCAAACAACAUGUUUCUGCCCUCAAUGGAGACAUUGGGUGAAAAUCCCACCUAAUACCCAACAGGAAGUGAAUGCCACCAUCCCAGAGAAGCAUGACUAUGCUUGUGCCCAGCUGAAUGUGUGCAGAGAGCGGGAGAAGUGUGGGAACAUGAGGACAGACUUCUUCUCGACCUACUACCACUGCACGUGCCCCAUGAAUCACCUAUGCAUCACAGAAGGCAGGGACAGAGCCAUAGUCUCUGAGAUGCAUUACCAGGGGCCUGCAUUCCAAUCAGUAUGCACAGGGCAUGAAUGAAUGUGCACAACUCUGUCCUAAUCAUGACACUACCGUGCAAUGACAGAAAAGGUCACAUAAUGUAAUGGAAGUGACCUUGCUCCAUAACACAUGCUUCGUUAAGCUAGCCCAAUCAGACAAGCACAGCAUAACUACCAUGCUGACCUCUUCAUGCCUCUGAUUGGAAAAUAAAUUCUAAUUUGUCUCAAGUGUGUGAGCAAAACUGCUAG